GAAAAUUAUUGUUUUGGCGGCACCUUCAGAUACCUAGGUAUCGACCGACCAGCUCCUACAUACCUAGCCAUUGCAACUAUAUGUGGCGCAUCAACAGGAGCUCGCUGUGACGACGCUCAUGAGAAAAUAGAGCACAGUUUCUGUGCGCCUGUACGAUUUUAGAUUCUAAGAAAUGCCGAAGCCACGCUCGAAACGCCAGGCCAUCCGCGAAGAGCGGAAGAAGAAGCGACAGCAGGAUGAGGUAGCCCCAGACGAGUCGACACAGACGGCCAAGAGGAGACGACGCAAUGAAGACGAGACCACCGGUGAUCGGGCUCCCGAAUUCCAAGAUGGCUACGAGCAAUCCCAGACAGCCGCCGGCCUUCUCCCAACAGAGCGCGAGUUCUUCGGCAUGCUCUCCGACCAGGAGCAAGAGUACUUUCGAUCCGUAGACGAACAGCUCGACAUCGACAAUUUCCCAUCCCAAGAGGAGCGCCAACUGUUCCUAGCAAGUGUGUUCGCCGAAGCCCAGGGCAAGGAGCUCAAACUAGCAUGCAGUCAAUCAUGUUCGCGCUUGAUGGAGCGCCUGAUUCUCAUGUCAAAUACGAGACAAAAGAAGAUAUUAUUCGAACAAUUCGCCAGCCAUUUCCUCAACCUCGUUCAGCAUCGAUUCGCAAGCCACUGUUGUGAGACGUUAUUUCUUCAAUCCGCUCCAAUUGUCACAAGAGAACUGGGCGGCGAACGGGAUGAUAUGCCCGGUGAAGACGAGGACCAGGACGAAAAGCCUCUCCCAUAUAUGGAGGAACUCUUCCUCUUAACCCUCGACGAACUCGAAGGGCGGCUCAGCUUCUUGCUGACGGACAGAUUUGCAUCCCACACUUUACGAGUCCUACUACUUAUCCUCUCCGGCCGACCUUUAGACCAGGUACAAACGAAAUCGCUGAUUCAUAGCAAAAAGAAAGAAAAGAUAUCAGCGCCCUGGAAAUUCAACGCAGAGGCCGAGGGCGAUAGCCAGCUGCGUGCCGUCCCCAACUCGUUUAAUUUAGCGACAAGGAAGAUCAUUGGGGACUCGGUUUCGGGUAUGAGCCCAACAGAAUUGCGAGUCCUGGCAACACACCCUACUGGUAAUCCAGUCCUUCAGCUACUGCUGGAGCUCGACAUUACCUUAAAUGCCAAAUCUGGCGAUGAGUCUGGUGAAAUGACUCUGCUGUGGCAUCUUCUGCCAGGUGCACCUGCAUCGCUUAAAGACGCAACGACCCCUGCAUCUGACUUCGUCAACUCCAUGUUAUACGACGCAAUUGGCUCUCGACUGUUGGAAACACUCGUUGUGCAUUGUCCAGGGAAGGUUUUCAAAGUACUUUACAAGCACAUCCUAGAGCCUCGGAUGCACAGUCUUUUGCGCAAUGACAUCGCGUGCUACCCAGCAAUCCGUGUCCUAAACCGAUUAAGCAAGGAAGAUUUGAUAGGGGUGGUCAAACAAACAAUACCAGAGUUUGGCAAGCUAGUCAGUUUGUCGAGAUUCAAUGUAAUCAAAGCUUUGAUUGAACGUUGUCAAGCGCGCCAAGCAUACGAGGAAGUCAAAGCUCUGACCAAGCGCCUAGUCGAAGAGUGUGGGGACGACUCCAAGUCACUCGUUCCCCGGUUGUGUUUGCCACCAUUGUCAAAAGGGGAUGGUGAAAAGCAGCACGAACCGCUGGCAAAGAACCGCUCAGCCCUGGUGUCCCACGGGUCUCAUUUAGUUACAGCAAUGCUUGCUACACCAGAAUCACCACGCAAGGCAAUUCAAGCAUCGAUAGCAGCGCUGUCAGAGGAACAAAUCCUAGAGCUCGCGACUUCGUCUGGGCCCACAUCACAUGUUAUAAUGGAUGCACUUUCAACACCAUCUCAAAACAAAAUCUUUCACAAGGCACUGGUUGCUGCUUUACGGCCACACAUUAUGGAAUUAGCCAACUCGGAGCAUGGGAACAAGGUUUUAUCAUCCAUCAUCGCUGUACCGUCAAGGAGUGAUGGCAUAUCCCUACCCUUCCACAUCAAAGAGUCCAUUAUGACAGAGUUGGGACAACACGAACAGGAGCUUCGGGAUUCUUUCAUAGGCCGUCGGAUAUGGAGAAAUUGGAAAGGAGACUUGUGGAGAAACAGAAGGGUGGACUGGAUCGCAUGGGCCAAGGAAGUCGACUCGGCACUAGAGCAAAAACUACCUGACCGACAACCCAAACCCAACAUGCCGGGCCGACAAUCAAAAGCUAACAGGCUGCAGCAUGAUAACCCCAACAGCAUCAGUGUCAGCACAAACAGAUGGACAGGGAAGGAAAGCAAUCAUAGAGACAGGAGAGUCAAAGUAUGACAUAGGCUCAACAGGCCUCCUGACGAAUAAGAUAUCCGUUUUCUAUAUGUGUUUCUCAAGUAGAAGUGUUCAGAUUUGGUGACCCCUUCGCCCAGGGUCCAUGUACCCGUGAUUUGGAUAACUCCCUCGAUUGUGACUUUAUGGUGCCCACUGCCCAAACUCAGACAAUAACAGUAGACGCACCAGGUGCUGAGGGAUAAAAGCCCUCACAAGCUCAAGCCUAGUUUGGAUAUUGCAAUCUGAGACUCUCCUAGUCUAGUCUACUAUAGAGAUGGGGUCCUACAACCCAUCAAUAUAUGCC